UUUUUUCUUUUUUAUUUCUUCUUCUGCUCCUUUUUUUUUUUCCUCCUACUGUGUGAUUGUGGAUGAUACGCGUGCCUUAAUUUUAUGAACGUAUCCGACGAAAGGAAUACUUCUCCCUGCCUCCAUUUGUGUUCAUCUUGUACAACUCCUCCUUUGCCCCGUCGCCAGUACUCUGCGCCACCAAGGAGAGAAAGAGAGAAGGUCGAGGUGCGGUGGCAAUGGCGGUGGCCAACCGAAAGAUCUCACCGGCCGCUGCAAGGGCUCACACUCGAAGAAAGUCUUCGACCUCGUCUUCUCUUUCUCUUGGAGGGAUGCUUAAAAAAUUCUCAGUGGUUUUGUUGGUGGGCUUAAUAGCGUGGUCAUAUAAAACGAUUCAGCCUCCGCCUCCUAGGAUCUGUGGAUCUCCAAAUGGCCCUCCUGUUACAUCGUCUAGAAUUACUCUCAAGGAUGGAAGGCAUUUGGCCUACCUGGAGUCUGGUGUCCCAAAAGAGAAGGCCAAAUACAAGAUUGUUUACGUUCAUGGCUUCGACUCUUGCAGAUAUGAUGUUCUUCCUCUAUCCCCGGAAGUGCUUGAAGAAUUAGGGGUCUAUGUAUUGUCAUUUGACAGAGCUGGAUAUGGAGAGAGUGAUCCAAACCCAAAGAGAACGGACAAAAGCACAGCUUUGGAUAUUGAAGAACUUGCCGAUCAGUUGGAACUAGGAUCCAGAUUCCAUGUUAUUGGAUUUUCUAUGGGAGGAGAGAUUGUUUGGACCUGUCUGAAAUACAUUCCUCAUCGGCUUGCUGGAGCAGCAAUGCUUGGUCCUGUUGCCAAUUACUGGUGGCACGGUUUUCCUUCCAAUGUAUCUAAAGAAGCUUACAACUGGCAACUUCCACAAGAUAAAUGGGCAGUUGCAGUCUCUCAUUAUGCCCCUUGGUUGACAUACUGGUGGAACACCCAAAAGUGGUUUCCUGCUUCAAGCGUUAUAGCUCAUCGUAUUGAUAUUUUCUCUGCCCAAGACAAAAUGCUUUUACACAAGUUUGAAAGUAGAGAGCCUUAUAAGGCACAGAUCAAGCAACAAGGAGAAUUCGAGUCUCUCCAUCGUGAUAUGAUGGUUGGCUUUGGGAACUGGGAAUUUAGUCCUUUGGAUCUUGACAAUCCAUUUCCAAAUAAUGAAGGCGCCGUUCACUUAUGGCAUGGUGCUGAGGACUUGAUCGUGCCGGUUUCAAUGUCUCGCUAUAUCGCCCAAAGGCUGUCCUGGGUUCGAUACCAUGAACUUCCAGAGGCUGGUCACAUGUUCCCAAUAGCGGAUGGCAUGGCUGAUGCUAUUGUCAAGACUCUUGUGCUUGGAGAUCAAUAGCUCCUCCUCCUCCUUUGUUUUUCUUUUACAGCAGAUAAUAAGAGAUCAGUAGUUUCUGUUCAGUUGUGACAGACUCCGUUUAAGACCUGAUAUUUAGCUGCCUUUUAAUCCCACCUCUUGGACGGGGGAUAAGAUCUAAUUCACACAAGGAGGAAUGGUUUUUUGACUUUUGAGAGAUGCUCCAAUGUUGCUUUUAUCAAUUCAGUGACUGGACCCGCUUUUAAACUUUAGGUGAAUAUUAAGUGUAGCACAUUUUUUUGUUUCCUAA